UCCAGUGGAAAUCCACAGCCGGUGGAGAAAACAGUUGGAUUGCCUCAGGGCAUUCUCCAGAUAUGCGAUUCCAGCAGGUUAUAAAGACCCUGAUGUGCCACGUCGCAGUCUGACUUUAUCCUUCUUCUUCUCAACUUCUCCUCCUCCUCAUCACACUCCAUCAUGUCGCCCCUCCACCCCUUUGACCCCGUCACUCCCGGGGAAAUCCAACUGGCGGUGAAGAUCCUCCAGAAUGCCUUCCCUGGUGUGUCGUUGCGAUACAAGAAGAUUGAUAUCCAGGAACCAGCAAAGAAGGAUGUCAUCCCUUUUAUCGAGGCAGAGAGACUGAGACAGCCUCUCCCUCCCAAACCCGCUCGCUUGCUGCAGGUUCUUUUCCACCGGUUGGAUACCGGGGCAUUCUUCAAAGGAUUGUUGAACGCAGAGACUCGAUCAGUGGCUUAUAUGAAGGAGUUACCGAAAGACAUCCAGGGCCCCGUUGAUGUCGACGAAAUGAUCGAUAUCGAACAGCUUUGCCUCAAUCAUCCCGCCGUCCAAGCAGAAGUGGCCAAGCUGCAACUGCCGCCUGGAAUGACUGUCUGCAACGAUCCUUGGAUCUACGGUUCCGACGACCCCAAUGAAAGUCGUCGUUUGUUCCAGUGUUACAUGUACAUUAUUGCUCUGGACCAUCCCCAGAACAACCACUAUUCGCUUCCGUGCCGAUUCUCGCCUGUCUUUGAUGGCAUCACACGGGAACUCGUCCGGAUUGAUUAUCUUCCUGCGGGCCCUGACACCAUGACCGCUGAGACACAACCAUGGAAACCAGUCGAGACUAUCCAGUAUGCACACGAUCUUCUGCAAGAACCGUUGCGAACAGACCUCAAGCCGUAUAUCGUGCAGCAACCAGAAGGUCCUUCGUUCAACGCCCAAGGAAAUGCCGUCUCCUGGCAGAAGUGGAACUUUAGAGUGGGAUACAACAACCGAGAAGGUCUCGUCCUUUAUAACAUCACCUAUGAUGGACGGAACACCUUCUACCGUCUCUCCAUGUCCGAGAUGACUGUUCCAUACGGAGACCCCCGUGCACCAUUUCACCGCAAGCAAGCGUUUGACGUCGGUGAUGUCGGAUUCGGAAUUACAGCCAACCAGCUCUCUCUUGGCUGUGACUGCCUCGGUCACAUCAAGUAUUUCGACGGCUACCGCGCAGACUCAAACGGUAACCCCAUCCAGCUCAAGAACGUCAUUUGUCUCCACGAACAAGACAACGGCCUGCAGCACAAGCACACCAACUACCGCUCAGGCGCAGCAACCGUGGUCCGCAACCGCCAGCUAGUCGUGCAGAUGAUCUGCACCGUCGCCAACUACGAAUACAUCUUCGCCUUCAUCUUCGACCAAGCAGCCAACAUCGAAGUCGAGGUUCGAGCAACCGGCAUCCUCUCCACCGUCCCCUUCGAUAACGAAAAAUUCGGCUCCACCGUCCCCUGGGGAACAAACGUCGGACCAGGCGUCAUGGCCCCAUACCAUCAACACAUGUUCUCCCUCCGCAUGGACCCCGCCCUGGACGGAUUCAACAACACAGUCUACUACGAAGACAGCGUCCCCAUGCCCGAAGACGACAACAACCCCUACGGCGUCGGCUACACAACCGAGCAAACCGUGCUCAAAACCAGCGGCAGCGCAAAGACCAACAUCGAGCGCCACCGCGUGUUCAAAAUCCGAAACGACAACAUCAUUAACCCUAUCACCUACAAGCCUAUCGCGUAUAAGCUGCAAACAGCACCAAGCCAGAUGCUCCUCGCCGGCAAGAACUCGUUUGGCGUCCGUCGCGCCGAGUUCGCUACCCAGCCUAUCUGGGUUACUAAGUACCGGGACGACGAGCUCUUCGCGGCAGGUGAAUUCACCAACCAAUCGAAGGAAUCCCAAGGCGUGGAGAAGUGGGCGAAACGGAAUGACUCGGUUGAGAAUGAGGAUCUCGUUCUCUGGCAUACCUUCGGCCUCACUCAUAACCCCCGUAUUGAAGAUUUCCCGGUCAUGCCAAUGGAAAAGGUCAGCGUCAUGCUCCGACCGGACGGCUUCUUCACCAAGAACCCUGCGCUGGAUGUACCCGCAUCCACGCAGUCAUUCAACAAGUCGACACUGCACCCAGAGCCAGCGGCAUGCUGCGCCGGAGACAGAAACGUGAAGUUGUAAUGAAGAGUACUAGAUAGAUGAUAUAUAUAUUUCAUGAAUGAUAAUGAACAACUUGAUCAUACUUAUCAAUACCAUCCACGUACAUGCAGUGCCCACCCUAAGCCUGUCAAAUGAAUUAAUUAUCCUCAUCGUCGUCAUCCUCAUCAUCACUAUCACUGUCACCAUCCCCACCAUCAUCCUCCUUCCCACCAAUCCCAGUAUUCAAAAGACCAUCAUCACCUCCAAUCCCAAGAAGAUGGCCAUCAUUGACAACAUUCAAACCGUCGUCAUUCAAGAGUUUCGUACCAAGAACGCCGUCAUCGCUGCCAAUGCCAAGGGGACCACCCUUAUCAUCGUCGUCAUCUCUGACGGAAAGCG